CCUCACCUUUUGAUGUGAUCCUCCUCUUCCUUAUCCGGAUUUCUUCUCCCCGGCGGCGACAGGUCCUGCGUCCAUCCCAUCGCCGUUUCUUCACUAGCAGCAAUAAUAAUAAUAAUGGGUUCUCCGCCGUUCUCGGUCGCCAGAAACUGUAAUUCGCGCCUUCUCUCGUCUCCUACGGCUUUCUUCCUUGCGGCGUUUGUAUUAUUGGGCUCAAUUGCGGGUCUCUAUUCUCGAUUCGUGGUGAUGCCGAAAGCCCGCGUCUCUACCCUGGGCUGCCGCGAGGACAAUGAGGGCUCGUGGGCCGUCGGUGUGUUCUACGGCGACUCUCCCUUCUCACUCAGACCCAUUGAAGAUAUGAACAUUUCUAGCGCCAAAGCUGCAGCGUGGCCAGUUGCCAACCCAGUUUUCACCUGCGCUUCUGCUUCUCAGUCUGGUUUUCCCAGUAAUUUUGUUGCCGACCCAUUUCUCUAUGUUAAGGGAGACACUCUUUUCUUGUUCUUUGAGACUAAGAAUGCAAUCACGAUGCAAGGGGAUAUUGGAGUUGCUAGAAGUUUCGACAAGGGAGCAACAUGGGAACAAUUGGGAAUAGUGUUGGAUGAAGAUUGGCAUCUCUCUUAUCCUUAUGUCUUUGACUACAAUGGGAAUAUAUAUAUGAUGCCAGAGGGCAGUGCAAAAGGAGACCUUCGUCUAUACCAAGCUGUGAAUUUUCCCACGGAGUGGACACUGGAGAGAGUGAUACUGAAAAGGCCAAUGGUAGACUCUUUCAUAAUUCCACAUGACGGGAAGUAUUGGCUUUUUGGUUCAGAUCACAGUGGCAUUGGCGUUCGAAAGAAUGGACAGUUGGAGAUUUGGUAUAGUUCCUCUCCCCUCGGUCCGUGGAGGCGACACAAGAAAAACCCAAUUUAUAACAAAGACAAAAGCAUGGGAGCUCGAAACGGGGGCAGACCCUUUGUGUUUGACGGAAACAUUUACCGUGCCGGUCAAGACUGCGGCAGCACAUAUGGACGCCGGGUUCGUCUUUUCAAAAUAGAGGUUCUCACCACCCAUGAGUUCAAGGAAACUGAAGUCCCAUUGGGGAUUGAGGAGUCACUCAAGGGGCGGAAUGCGUGGAAUGGGGCCCGCACUCAUCAGCUUGACGUGCAGCAGGUGGGUCCGGGACACUGGGUUGCUGUUAUGGAUGGGGACCGUGUCCCUUCAGGAGAUCUGAACCGUCGGUUGGUCCUUGGCUGGGCCUCGGUCGUAGCUGUGGCUGGGCUUUUGGUGCUGUUGGGAAUGAUCCUUGGGGCUGUGACUUGUAGCAUGCCCUUAAGUUUGGAAAAACAAAACAUGUUGUCUUCGAUUCUUGACCGAGUUAGCUCAUUUCUCCACACCAGAUUACAACCAAACAUAUUUCUCCACGCCAGAUUACAACCAAACAUAUUUCUCCAAACUUUAGUUCUGUCUUGGACAUUUCUUGGGGCAACCGUGAUGAUAUGUGUCGGGGUUACAUUCAUAUAUGGAGGUAAUGGUGCACAAGAACCUUACCCGUUGAAUGGUAUCUACUCUCAAUUCACACUGUUAACACUGACAAAUGAUGCCCGGUUGUGGGAUUUGAAGAUGUUUAUCAAGCAUUACUCGAGAUGUUCUUCGGUGCGUGAGGUUGUAGUCCAGUGGAACAGAGGGACACCUCCCCUGUUGACCGAGUUUGACUCCGCUGUGCCAGUGAGGAUAAGAGUCGAGGAAGAGAACUCAUUCAAGGCUGACCCCUCCAUAAAGACCCGAGCCAUUCUCGAGCUCGACGAUGACAUCAUGAUGACAUGUGAUGACGUGGAACGUGGGUUCAAGGUUUGGCAAGAGCACCCAGAUAGGAUUGUAGAGGUUUACCCCCGGCUCGUUGUUGGGGAGGUGCCCUUGAAGUAUAGGGCCGAGAGAGAUGCCCGAAAGGGCAGCAGAUACCGGGGCAGCUUUCGUGGUCGGUUACCUGGCUUUUGAGAGACACUCUGGUGAGGAAGCUAAGCUGCUGUGGUGAGGAAGUUAAGCUGGGGAAGAAGGAAGUGAUGAGUAAAUUUGUUUGUAGUUGUAAUGAGUGAUGCUGUAAAUUGUGCAUUGACUUUGGUUAGUGGAUUUUAUGUAAAGAAAUCUAGUUUGCUAGGAGUAAAACAUGGAGUAAGUA